CGGAAAAUCUCUAAACAUUUUUAUUUUGUUUGUAAUAUUUUGAAGUUUGUGUCAACUUGAAAUUAUUGCAUGUAUAAAGGAUAUAUACUUGUACAUAUUUGAAGAGCUGACGCGUACAGCUGGCCGUAAUAUUUCCAUUCAAUCAUCUAAUGUGUUGUGACAAAUCCAGAGUCCCGUCAUCAUUCAUUGUUAUGAUAAACUGAUCUUAGACUUAUUGUAUAUAUACUGAUAACCAGAAGUAUUGGACAGACAAUCUAAUCAUCAUGGAUUUUAAAACCUUUACAACUCUGGUUAUUCUAACAGUAUCUAUUGAUGUGGCAUGGGCUGAUUGUGGGGGUAUGACGCAAUGUAUGGACAAGUUUUCAAGCAAGCUUCACCAUAUAAACUUUACUUUAACAAACGAACAAAGCAUCAUCCAUUUUCUUGAUGCGAUAUGUGCGAAUUCUGAUGCCUUGGCUAAAUGUUACAACCCAAAGAACGUAGCCGGGUGUUCGUCACUCUCACAGAUUGUGUCGUAUAAUCCAUCAGAGGAAAAAAUGAAAGAUGAGUUCAACAAAGUCUGUUCCAGAAAACAAGAUCUGCUAUCAUUUAUUAAGUGUCUUUCUAAGCCACACGUUGCAAGAGGAAUGUCGGAGUGUGCCCAGAAAACGAUGCAGAAGGCCCAGUCAGAAAACAAAGACUCAUCGGAUUGCUCAAUCCAAUCAGAAUUGAUGUCCUGCAUGUCGAAUUCUAUGGAAGGACAAUGUACAAGAGAAACUGUCGAUUACUUUAAAAGCACACAGAAUGAGAAAUACAGUAUGACCUGCUCGGCGACAUUAACAGUUACCAACAUUCUUCUUCUGUGUUGUCUUCUUUUAGUGAAACAACUUCUGCUCUGAAUUGUUGGCUUUCUUGUGAAAAUUAGUGAAAAGAUUAACAUAAUGCUGAUAUUUAGCAGACCUAAUUAAACUAGGAAGUAUUUUGCAAAAUUCCCUAGUGGAAUAUCUAAAGAGAUCAUAGAUCUCGUACAUUUAUGCAUGUUACACAUGUACAAUAGUGUUUGGUUUUUUUAUUAUUAUUCAACAAUAUUAUUACACAUGCUGUUAACAGAUUUCUUCACUGGUACAUCUAUUUCAGUGGAGAACCCUGUAAUAUAGCUUCCUUAAGAUUUUUAUGUAUUUUUUGUUAUCAUGUACGCGUAAAACGUAAACAUCAUUGUUCUAAAACAGACAGUUUAAGAAGAAAUCUACGGAAUGAUUUGUAUUCGAUGGAUACCUUUUAUCGUUGAUUUUAUAAAUAGAUGAAAAUAAAGUAAAAUUAGUUUA